AUGUUGACUGCUCUCCUAUGUAAAACGGCUAAACUGCACGAAGAACUCCGGAAUAUUGAAAAACAGGUUUAUGAUAUGGAAAUGAGUUAUUUACAGGACCCAAGUCAAUGUGUCAAUGUCUUGAAAGGUUCCGAGGGAUUUUUGUCUUCCUCCAAGAACACUACAAUCUUGAAAAGAUCCCGGAACUUUCAACCGGAAGACAUGCUCUUCUCAUUGUCUUUUGUCACGUCUCCAGCUGCUGAAGAAGUUGCCAGAGAUGGUGGUGUCUCAGCAAACGGACCUUGA